AUGAAACAGGAAAAGGACGCGAACGAGUGGUCUGCCCUCGCCAAUUUCUAUCGUAAAACGGUGGUCUACCUGGGAAAGUCGCGUAAGGUUGAGACGCUCAUGCAGGAAUUGCUAAACAACUUGAAAGGGUUAGCGAUCCACCAGCUGUUCAAUGUGACUAGCCAGGGGCUGACCGUGAAGCUGGAAAAUGCCAUUAAUGAGCUCUCAGCCGUCGAGCCGUCCCUGCCGGACUCGGACUUCGACACGAAGGGUGCGAACGUUACCUAG